CAGGAUUGACGAUGUUUUCCGUUUUAGCGGGAUGACUGCUCUAACUAUACAGGCGAUGCGUUAUUUUCUCUUCGCCUUUUAACAUUUGUUGCGUGUCACAUGUUGCAAGCCGCGUCCGCCGAAGUCUUGCGUGUACCUUUAAGUAGGCGGUUCUGAAGGGACUACUUGAGGAAGUGUUUAUAAAGUCGACGUGAGUAGUAAUUAGCGAAUUAUAACGAACUGGAAAGGAUUCCGCAAACUUUGACAGUCUACAGAUAACAAUGUCGGAAGAACAAAUCUGCCUUAAGUUUGUUGAUGUGACAGAAGACAAUGAGUUAAUCUUUGAAGUAACGCCUUGUGGUGGUGAUGAAGAAGAUGAUGAACUGCAAUCAGAUGACUUCAAUAGGUGUGACUCUGGUCCAAUUUGCAAAAUAAUUAGAAAUGGAAGAAAACAAAUUCUGAUGCUUGAUAAUGCAGAACUAAUUUUCCAGGACAGGACUGUUAUGGAAUCUAAAUCGGAAACAAACACAUUCAAGAUUCAGAAGUACCGAUCCACAGAGAGCUCUCCCACAAAACACAAAGGCAUACCGGUGACAGUUCAGGUGACCAAAGACUACAUCACAUACACCAUUGCCUGUGUUGAAGAGGGUAACAGUAAAAAAGUCUCGUUGAAGGAGAGCAUCCCCACCAACAUCAAGAGUAAUUCCUAUGAUGUUAUCUUCCAUCUAAAAUCAGUUCCUCACUUGGCCGGCAUUUACCAGUUUGAAUCUGCAAAGUGGGAUCAGUGGUUCUUAGCUUGUGAAAAGCAAACCAACCCUGAACUCUACAAGCUGACAGUAAAGCAAAUAGGGACAGAUGAGGUAGACUCAAACACAGAGCACAGCCACUUGACGAUAGAAGAUGAAACGGGCAACACUUCCUAGAUGGCUGCUGUCAAAUGCUUGAGCUAAAUUCAAAUUGUUUCAGCUUUCUAGUUUAUCUACUUUUCCUCUGCAUGCAGGAUUAUUUCUAGUAGGCUGAGGAUAAUCGCCCAUCCCUCCUCAUCUACCUGGAACAAGACUGACAGUCAGUACAUGUGAAACUGGUUUAAGAAAUGCCACUUUUGUAAAAGGGGAAAAAAAACCCAUUGUGUUUUAUACCUCCAGAUCAAGACAUCAUUAGGGCAUUUGUUAUUAGCGUUAAUGAGAUAAUGCACUAGGGGUAUAUAAAAAAGAAAAACCAGUGGGGGGAAAAAAUCCAUCUUUUUAUCAGUAUAACCUGAAUUUGUUUCUCAGUCAUUCCAUUGUGCUUAUCCAUAGUGAAAAACAGAGGUAGGGCACGAUUGCCAGGUCUAACAAAGAAAAUAAGUGUUGCUGUCAGUCAAAAUUAGAUGAAUCCAAAUUAUAAUCUCUUAGGAGUUGAGAAUGAAGUAAUAUAGAUCAGUGCCCAUAUUUAUGAAGCAUCUCAGAACUACUCUUAAGAAUAUUGCACUAAAAUUCUGACUAAGAUAAGAAUUUGUCCUACCCUAGAGUAAGACAUGAGAAUUAUUUAUACUUUCACUCCCAUUAGGAGUUUAAGUUUAUGAAUGAAUGAUGUCAUGAUUUUAUGGCACUCGUGCCUCCAAGUGGUACUGAUAUGAUGAUAUUUUGUAGUACCUUGGAAAUCAUGAGGAUGCUUUGUAGUUUUCAGGUACUAAGGCUAAACUUCACCACACAAGUAAUAAUAAUAUCCAAAGAAGGAUGAAAACAUAAUAAAGUAGGUUAUUGCGCUAAUCUGCAUGUAAUUGUUGCCACUUCACACCAUCAAGAAUAAUACCAUAUGAAGCACCAAGGUGGACACACAUCAAAUAACAGUAAAACCUAAUAAUGUGCACAUUUAUUUAAUGAAUGAUCCACACCCGUACUUUCACCUCAUAGAAAAUGCCUCAUAAAAAAAUAAGUUAUAAUCUAAACUAGCCAUGCCACAGUUUCUGAAGUCAUGUUCACCUUUGCAUUGUUUCCAGUUGUCUUCUGCUGUGCUGUGCCUCUCCAUGAUCACCUCUUUAUCUUCUGUGAGGCUCUAUUUGUCCAGUGCUCCGGGACUCUCCAUCUGCCUUCUUAGACAAUUUUAUAAAGUGUAACGGGAAUGUACUAGGGGUUUAUGGAGGGCUGAGCUCAGCAUAUCUGUGUGACAUUUUAUCUUUCAAUCCCCUGUCCCGCCCUGUCUUUCUUCAGGGUAACAUGUUGCCUAUUGUAUUACUGUUUGCAUCGAUGACCUCCUGUGUGUUGCCACUGUCGUAUCGCUUGCUCAUCCACACUUGGGGCAGUGAUUUUAUGUGUGUGUCGAUUUGCAUAACUGCAGCUUGCUUUAACAUUCUAACACAUGAAAUGGUAGACAUAUGUAUUAAUCUGCAUAUUACCUUACUUAUUGUGAAGGUGUUGAAAGAUUGGUGCAAAAUUUGAGAAAUAUAGUAAUUGAUUUGUGACUUACAACCCCAAUUCCUAAAAGCUGGGACCCUGUGUAAAAUGUAAAUAAAAAACAAUACACAAUAGAACAAACAAAACAUAUCAAAUGUUUAAACUGAGAAAAAUUAACAUUUUAAUAGGAUAAUGAGGUCAUUUUGAAUUUGAUGGCAGCAACAUGUCUCUAAAAAGUCUGGACAGGGCCAUGUUGAAUACUGUGUAGCAUCCCCUCUUUUAACAACAUCUGGGAAAUGAGGGGACCAGUUGCUGGACUUUUGGGAGAGGAAUGUUCUUCCAUUCUUGUUUGAUAUUGAAUUCUAGCUGCUCAACAGUCCUGGGUCUGCUUUGUCCUUUUUUUCCGUUUCAUGAUUCUCCAAAUGUUUUCAGUUAGUGAAGGGUCUUCACUGUAGGCAGGCCAACUCAGCUCCCCGAUUCUUCUCUACUGUACUGUGAAGCCAUGUUGUUGUAAUAGAUGCAGUAUGUAGUUUAGCAUUGGCUUGCUGAAAUAUAGAAGGCCUUCUCUGAAAAAGACGAUGUCUGGAUGGGAGCAUAUGUUGCUCUAAAACCUGUAUAUACUGUACAUUUCAGCAUUGAUGGUACCUUUCCAGAUGUGCAAGCUGCCAAUGCACCCCAGUACCAUCCGAGGUGCACACUUUUGAACUGAGAAGCUGGAUGGACUCUCUACUCUUUAGUCCUAAGGAUGUGGCAUCUAUGGUUUUCAAAAAGAAUUUCAAAUUUUGAUUCAUCUGACCACAGAACAAUUUUCCACUUUAUCUCAGUCCAUUUUAAAUGAGCUUUGUGUUUAAGCUGUUUU